AUGGGCACAAGUAAUGCCGAUGCCGACUGGAGCUUCUCCUUCUACGAGAGGGAGUACUUCGACACGUCAGACACCGAACAGGAGGAAAUGCCAGAGCAAGAGCAGAAACAAGACACGGGAGAUGCAGUGUUGCAAACGCAAACGAAAGCUGAACACACAGAGGCCACCAGAAACCUUUACAACCCAUUCAUUCUAAGCAAAAUAAACUAUUUUACAAGGGUACAAGCAAGAACUUCGUCUGCUGUGUAUAACAAGAAGCUGGUUGUCAAAUCCAGCACUGCCAUGGAGGCCACCACGAAAGACGGAAAUGCCAAUGUUCUCGUUUGGAAAACUACACUCGCGUGGAGCUGCAGAAAAGGAAACCCCACAGAGAUGCUUCUUAGCACAAUUGCUGCUAGAGCUGGCGUGCCAAAAGAGAAAUUGUACUUGACUAAAGAUCCAACAGGUCCUAGUGCUGUUGGUGAUACUUGGUUCACUGUAACCACUCCAAAGUGA